GGCUCGAACCAAUCGUGCUUCCCUGACGUCCACGCCACGCCGCCAACGCCGCGCCGGCCGCGCCAGUGUGCCACGCCUUCAUGCACUUGUUUGCCGGUUUGCCGGUCAUGCAGCGUGGCCAGCGCAGCCAGCGUGGCUUGAGCUGUUUGGGCAGUUUGGGCGGCUUCAAUAAUCUUUCGUACGACUCGACUUCGGGCUGGCACCGUGGCCCCGCCGCCCCGCUGUGUAAAAGCGGCUCUUCGAAGUAGUGCUCCAAGGGAUCGUUCGAUGCAUGUGAAUUACACCGACUACAUGUUCAUCUAGAAAUCUGGGCAUUAGAAAAUAUGGUGCGUCAACGAAAAGUGGGAGAAAAUACGCGCCUUUCACCGGCGCGGCACUCAACGAAGCCGGGCGGCCAGGCAAAACGCGCAAGCUCGCAGCCCAAGUUCGAUUCCAAGUUCAGCUUGUUCAUAGUUUUCAAUGCAGUGCUCAUUUUGUCUGUCGUUUUCUACGUUUACUACCUGCACUAUCUCGAGUCAUGGGUCAUCCGGCCAGUGAGCCUCCCAAAGGUGGUGAAGAAAAGUGGACUGGACGUCCCAGACAGGUUCUGGGGCAGUUACCGGAGUGCGCUGUACUUUGGCAUGAAGACCCGGAGUGCUCAGCCACUGGUGGCAGGACUCAUGUGGUUCACCCAGGAACUAAAGAACCAGAACCUCGGCAUCAGGCACUGGUGCAGCCAGUGGGAUGGCCUCGAACAGUAUGGAUGGGUUCGACAUGACGGUGUCAAUUUUGGCGUGCAGCGGAUUGUCGACGGGGAGUACCUGAUUGAGACAUCGUUUGUGAAAAGAGCCGGCGGUCGCAAUGGGGGAGACUGGACAGCCAGGAUCGCAGUCAAGCCCAAGGGGGUGAACACGACAACCACUGUGCCGAUCUCUCUCCUGUUCUAUGUUGCGACUGACGGACAAGGGCAGCUGCUGCCAAGUGUCGCAACUAAAUCUCGCCUCGAGCAUGUUUCCGGGCAUACCGAUGACUUGGGCAAGUUUACGGUGCAUUUUUUGGACAGAGACACGAGCAAUGUGGUGCAGCAUACUUACCUGAGCACAGUGGCAUCGGGGCUGGAGACACUGCAUGAGACAGUAUUGCGAAACUUAGUUGUUUCACAGCCAAAGAAAGGCGCCAGACGUCUGUAUGUUACACGUGGAAGCAGUUUCUCAUUAGAGGACAAGGAGCGUAAAAGAACACCCAACUUUGUUCUCACCCAAGUCACUGUGAUGCCUCCCUACGAAAUGGAAGUCGUCUUUGAGUCUGCAAGCUUUCUUGAACGUCCCAGUACCCUUUCGGGAGAGGAGUUUGACAAAGAGCUGCUUGACUACACUACUAAGUUUGACGAGAGGUUCAACAAGGUGUUCAAGCUGCCUACCAAGGGUUUCAGCGAUGCAGACAACGAGGUAGCCAAAGAAAUCCUGAGUAACAUGGUUGGUGGGAUUGGCUACUUUCAUGGGUCUUCUCUAGUUCAAUCCUCAUACAACAAGGAGCCAGUGGAAUACUGGAAGGCAGGUCUGUAUACUGCAGUACCUUCGCGAUCUUUCUUCCCACGGGGCUUUUUAUGGGACGAGGGCUUCCACAACCUGCUGCUGUCGCGUUGGGACCCCGACAUCUCCAAGGACAUAAUAUCCCAUUGGCUCGACCUGAUGAACGUAGACGGUUGGAUUCCUCGCGAGCAGAUCCUCGGCACAGAGGCACGCUCCCAAGUGCCAGCCCAGUACGUCGUGCAGAGAGACACCAACGCCAAUCCUCCAGCAAUGUUCUUUGCCCUGGAAGCGCUCCUCGAUCACCCGGACAGUGGUACGACCCAUGGCGACUUCUUGCGGGCGGCUUUCCCACGUUUUCUAAAGCUGUUCGACUGGCUCAACACCACGCAGGCGGGAAAGGUCCCCGGUACGUACCGCUGGCGAGGCCGCGAUGCCACCAGCCGCAACGAGCUGAACCCAAAGACACUGACGUCGGGACUCGACGACUACCCAAGGGCUUCACACCCCACGGAAGAUGAGCGCCAUGUUGACUUGCGCUGCUGGUUGGCGUUUUCAUCCGGCGUGCUCUCUCGGGUAGCUGAUCUGCUGAAGGACCACAGGUCUGAGCAUCUGGCAGCCACCCAUAGGUGGUUGAGCGACGCUGCUGCUCUGGAUCGGCUGCACCUGUCGCCCGAGUCUGGACACUACUGCGACUACGGAUUGCACACGGACAGAGUGCGUCUGGUGGAACAGAAAGUGCCCCCGGGACAGCACCAUGCAGCUCCGUUGCCCAAGGUGCGGCUUGCACUGGACACCCCACGACUGCAGUUUGUGCAGCACUUUGGCUAUGUCAGCUUGUUCCCACUGCUCCUAAGGCUGCUGGCACCCGAGAAUCCUGCCUUGGGCAAGCUGAUGACGGACCUCCGUGACCCUUCCCUGCUCUGGACGGACUUCGGCCUCCGUUCCCUGUCCAAGAACUCUCCCAUGUACAUGAAGUACAACACAGACACGGACCCCCCUUACUGGCGGGGGCCCAUCUGGAUCAACAUAAACUACCUCGCAGUGCGGGCGCUGUACCACUACAGCGAGCUGCCAGGGCCAUUCCAGGAAAAGGCCUUCGAGCUCUACAAGGAGCUACGAUGGAACAUCAUUCGCAACAUGCUCAAAGAGUACCGCCGCUCCAAGUACAUUUGGGAGAAUUACAAGGACUCCACGGGGCAGGGGCAAGGCUCGCACCCCUUCACUGGUUGGUCAGCACUCCUGGUACUCAUAAUGGGAGAGAUGUAUUGAGGCUCACCUGGGGGGCCAGGGUCUACAGUCAUUUUACUUUUUAUUAAAGUGCCAUUCUCAAGGGGUA